AUGUCAUCGUGCGUUUGCCCUUUACCGUGUUCGUGCAGUCGCGCCAAUAUCGUCGCCGACCUGCUUGGAGUGUCACCUCUAUAUCAUCAGAAAGACUCUGCUCGUUGGAAAUCAGCUGCAACUAUUUAUCAAGCAAUGACUGAUACUGUACCUCCGUCACGUCCCGUUAAGCACGGACAUCGUAAAAGCAGAAGCGCUCUACAUUCUCCUGAACGUAUGCAUAGCAACACUCACUCAGCUCUCAAGAUGAAUACUGGAACCAGCGGCAGUAUGCACAACAUCAGUUCUUUCCCGCUCUCGCUACGCAAAGUCUCUUCUAUCAAUCGUUCGUUCGCUGGCACCAAUCCAGGAAGUCGCGGAGAUUCGUCAUUGGAAUUGGAAGCAAUAGCGGCUGUACAUGAACUUUCGUUCGCAGUCCAAUCAAUCAGCGUGUCUGAAAUGCUUCCACGUACGCCGGAUCUUAUUUUCGUCAAUUUGACGACGAUAGAAGACCAACCAUACUGCUUGGAAUUAACCCACAAAGGCUGGCGUAUCACCUCACUACGUCUAGACUGUAUGGUUGGGGAUUUCACACGACUCGAGUUGUUCACCAAAUACUACGAUUCGCUUUUCUCGCUUAUGGACACGAUAUCGCCCGGAUAUCGUGUGCGAUUUGGCGAAAAACUCGCGCUGAAAUUGAAAAUGCUUGAGGCUGGAGAUGAUUCCGGUAUAGCACCGUGUGGCAGCUACGCAUCUCUUAGUCGCGGUUCAUCGUCACGAAGUCGUAGCGAUUCAUUCAACAGCGAAAAUUCCCUGCCGGAUAUGACGCCAACGUCAACGCCAGCAACAAAAAAUCUUUUAUGUCAUUAA